AUGGCGCCCUAUGCCGCAUCCUUCACCCCGAACGGGGACCAGCAACGCGUCAAGGCCAUUCUCGACUUUAUCGACGAGGUGAGGGACUCCAAGCUCGCCAGGGACAUUGAACUUCCAGAAGUGGUCGUCUGCGGUGAUCAGUCUGCUGGGAAAAGCUCCUUCUUGCACAGCUUGACAGGCAUUGAAUUCCCCGUCAGCGACGACGUCUGUACGCGCUUUGCCACCGUCCUCCACCUUCGCGACACGCCCACAGCACAGUUCCGAGCUUUUCUACGCCCUGCCCCAGGAACCCAGGCCCAAGAGGUGGAGAGGCUGGCAAAGUUUACACCGGUGGUCAGCGGCAAGGAGGAGAUCAAAGGCGUGAUCGAUGCCGCACGGGAGCACCUCGAAGUGACGCAAUCGGGCUUUUCUGACCAUGUGCUUCACCUCGAGGCGUCUAGCCCCGGGAACAUGAACUUUACGUUGAUGGAUCUACCAGGCGUGUUCAAUAGCUCCAGCGACAAGCAGAGCGAGAGCGACAAGUACCGAGUGCGAAAGAUGGUGUUGGGGCACAUCGCGCGGCCGCGGAGUAUCAUUGUCUACGUUAGAGCAUGCCACCUGUCUCAGGCGCAGCAAAACCUCGGGGACGAAAUUGCUCGCGUCGAUCCCUUGGGCACACGAACCUUCUGCGUCCUCACUAAACCUGACAAGCUCAAUCCCGAGGAGGAACCCACGAUCACCGCAGGCUGGAUCGACCUCUUGCAACGCCAGCAGCCAUGCCCCUACCACGUCGUGAAGAAUCGCGCCUUCACCCAGCUGAGGUCAACCGCGUCCGAGCACGCCAGAGCCGAAGAGACGUUCCUGAACACAGGUGAAUGGGGCAAGGUCUCGACCAAGCACAAAGGAAUUCCAGAGUGCCAGCGCCGACUGGAGGUCAUCAAUGCCCAGAACCACAACGCCGUACUACCCGACGUGAGGGACGACCUCUGUCAGUCAUUAGAGGGUCUCCGGCUGCAAGUCUCACGCAUGCCCACCCCGCCGCCCAUAAACAUUCGAGAAGUGCUCCACGACGCGACCAAGUCGUUUCAAGACAUCGUGGACGCUUCUCUCCGGGGCCUUUACGAUGGCGACUUCUUUGAAUCGCUUCCGGAUCCAAGAACUGACGUGUCACAGCUGCACCAAUACGUCGAGGCGCGCAUCGUGACGCUGGAAGAGUUUGUGGCCACUAGUGGUAGGUCUCGCCAGACGACCCAAGCCGUCGGAGAAGCUGCUGCGAAACAACUCGGUGGCCCGGGCCUGUUCUGGGCCGAGCAGAGCCUUCUCCAAGAACUCACGGGGAAGUUAAAAAAGGCCGGCAGCGCAUCUCGAUUCAACCCCACACUAGCCCAAAAUCUGUUCUACGACCUGGUGGACAAAUGGGGCGACCACAUCGAUGCAUUUGUCGAGGAUGUCGCCGGCCAGGCCAAGGAGUUCGUCAAAGUGGCGCUGGCGUACGUUGUGAAGCCGCAGAGCCUUCCUCGCGCUGGCGAGUUCCUCGCCCAGCGCGUGCAGAAAGAUGUCAGCGGGCGGCUCCGCGACCUCUUUGCCCAGCUCCGCCAGGACCACUCGACGAGAAAGCCGAUCAAUUUCCGAAAUGUCAACUCAUUCAGCACCCGAGCGCAGCAGUUCGAAGCCGUCCGCAUGUCGUCGCAGAGAGCCCCGGGGCAGAGGAGCGGCAUAUCCCGUCAGCAUGCAAGCGCGUUGGAUGCCAAAGUCCUCGUCCAGGUCCUCGGCGACGAGGAAUACCUGUACAGAUCCGCCGCAGCCGCGACCAUCAUUGGCGCCGAGGAGCACUACAAGUCCGAAGUCGAGAAGCUCGCCAGAAUUGCCAACUUUGGCACGGUGACUAGUAUCCUUGUCGAGCAACUGUCCUCGCUCCUGCGUUACCAGAGCAUUGAGCGUCUUUCCCCCGACCAGGUGGCUUCCAUAAGUGAAGACCAGACCCCAUCGCCAUCACCCGAGCGCCUCGAGCUAGAAUCCAAGAUCAAGACUGCGCAAGGUCUGAUUGCAGAGGCCGACAAGCUGAGACCUAACCUCGGGCAACGUCUCCCUAAGCGAAUCCACGCGUACGAGAUUGAGGAUGACCAAUUGAAGUCCCGCAAACGCACUCGCAUAGCAGCCCUCCAACCACGCUUCGAAGAAGAUCAGUCGUCAGCACAGCGGCCGGACGUGAUACCAGAUUCUUACGAGGACGAGCCUCUAGAGUUUCUCGAGGAUUCAGAAAUGGUCGAGGUGGAUUGA